GCCAGCAAAUCCUUCACAGCCCAUCCUCCUGAGUGAAAAUCCCAAGCUGGUAGACGCAGGGGGACGCAGUUGAGGAUAUGUCAGUGUGUGUGUGAGAGAGAGACUGUGCAGUUCUAUGGGAACACAAGCAGCCGAAGGAGAGAGAAGAUUCGCCGGAGAGGGAAUUUGAAAAAAAGCCCAAACAACAUUGCAAACACAACAGGAUGCCGCAGACCGUCCUGGUUUGCACCUUCACCUACCUUCUCCUCCUGGGCUCAGCCGAGAGAUCUCCCAGACUGAAAAUCCACCUGAAAGAUCUGCUUGGUGUGCAGUUUGAUACCCUGCAGAAGUACACAGUCCAUUUCCACGAUGACAAGUCAGAUUCUCUUUACAUUGGCAUGACUGGUGGGAUCCUCCAUCUCACCUUUGGCUACAGAAAUGUCUCCCAGACUCUGAUUCCGUUGUCUUUGGACGAUAACAGCAAGGACGGCUGUCGAAGCAAAGGCACCCUGUCCCCGGAUCUCUGUCGGAAUGUGAUGACUGUGAUUGAGAGACUGAACAGCAGCACUAUCAUCAUCUGUGGGACUCAUGCUGGAAGUCCCAGCUGCUGGUUUCUGCGCGACAAUGCGACACAAUUGGCCACUGACAGACAAGGACACAGGAUAGUGAAAGAUGGGAGAGAGAUCUCACCACCAUCGCCAAUGCAACCGCCGUCCACCACCACUAUUGAGGGAAGCCUCUACUCAGCCAUCGGUAACUCCUUCCUUGGCAGUGGUGCGAUCCAGCGAAGCUAUGGACGACUGAAGAGUUUGAGGACUGAAGACAAGUGGCUUCAAGAUCCGAGGUUUGUGGGAUCCACCUGGAUUAGGAUGACGGACAGCAGUAAGGACGAGAUCUACUUUUUCUUCAGUGAGUCUGAUGGCAGUGAGGUUUCAGAGCGAGCCGUCAGGUCCUGCAUUGGACGGGUGUGCAAGGUUGAUGAGGGGUCAUCGAAGAACACUCAAGACUCCUGGACAACUUUCUUAAAGGCUCGGCUAAUCUGUGGCUUCCCGACCAAGCAGAGGUACUUCAACAAGAUUCAAGACGUUGCUGUCCUCGACGUGGAGAACGAGCCUCACAGGAGCACAGUGUACGGGAUCUUUUCCAGUUUGUGGAACUCCACUGCAAUCUGUGCCUACAAACAAGCGGACAUAGACAGGGCGUUUAAAACCUCCAAGCUGAAGGGUUUCACUGGCAACCUGCCCGCAAGUCCAAGGCCAGGAACGUGUGGCAUCAGCAAUCUUCCAAAAAAUGUCUUGUCAGCGAUCAGGACCUACCCAGAGAUUGAGGACUCCAUCUCUCCCAGGGAAGACCAGCCGCUCUACACCAUCAAGCACACCAGCUACACUAAGAUCACAGUCGACCGGGUGAAGGCUGCGAAUCAGAAAUACCACCCCGUCCUGUUCAUCGGCACAGGGAAUGGGAAGAUCCACAAAGUCCUGCACAACAAUGGGGAGUCCUUUAUCAUCUCGGAGCUCAGCCCCUUUACGACUGACGCUCCCGUCUCAGCAAUGACACUGGACUCCAGCACGGGACAGCUGUUCGUUGGGACCCCCUUGGAGACGGUCCGACUCCCCCUGGCGAACUGCGAGUCAUAUGGCAGCACCUGUCGGCAGUGUGUCGCUGCCAGAGACCCGUACUGUGGGUGGCAUCAGUUCGGCAAGAGGUGUGUGCCAGUUGCUGGAGCACCGAACAAUACUGAGAGUGAGAUCCUCCAGAGUAUUGAACAGCUCAAUGUCUCGAUCUGCGACGAUGAUGCAGGUAUGGCGACUUUCAACAAACAGCCUCAAGAGCUGACUGUCCAUUCGCCUGCGUACCUGUACCUGCCCUGUCCAGUCGAGUCCUACCACGCCAACUACACUUGGAGCUAUAACCAGAAGGACCAGUUUCCCUGUACCAUCAAAGAUGACUCCUGCCUGCUGAUAUUCAACAGGCAUCACCCAGUGAGCAGCGGAGAAUUCAGAUGCAUCGCCAGGGAGGACACGCUGGAGGAAGUGCUGGCUAUCUAUAAUGUCAGGUUCAGCAGCAGUGGCAGAGCGCACCAGGCCUCCAUGACCAUCAUUACUGGUUUGCUUGCAGCUCUCUCCCUGGUCUGACGGAACGGGGAGAGGGGAGAUUGGGGGGUCGGCGGUCAGUAGCACGCAUGGAAUACUGUACGUCAAUCUCAUCCUGAGUUUCAGCCCUCAAUCGCUUUGGGAGGGAAGCAGCAAACCUUAGCAGAAAGGCCACAUAUUUACGGGCUGGCACAGCAAACCCCCCCCCCCCCCCCCACCACCUCCAACCCCACUUCACAACCCCCCCCUUACCCAGCCGAGCCCCCGCCCCGCCUGCCUUCCUGCUGUCUCUGCCCUCAACGCUCCUAUCAUGAGUGAGGCACUCCGAACCCACAACAUAACACAGGGGUAGAGAUGAUUGGGGGCUAGAGGGGUGUGGGAUUUGCCUCCACUUUCUGUGGUCCAAGGAUGUCUGUCGCUUGCCCUGAAGCUGACUGGUUGCUUUCAAAGCAGUGUUUGCGUUCAGAAAACGGGGGAAGGUAUCUGACCAGCCCUCACAGCAUCGAUAAAACUGCCUUUUCACCUGUCCCAAGUUGUCACGAUCGCUCAGAUUUCACACACUGGGGGGGAACCAUGUGGGGACAGGCUCGUACAGGGAAUAGGUUACAGCAGUGAGUGUAUCGCUUAUAACUGGGCAUCGGGUUACUCUGACUGGUGUAGCGGGAGCUUUACUCUGUAUCUAACCCUGUGCUGUCCCUGUCCCUGGGAAUGUUUGAUGGGGGGACAGUGUGGAAGGAGCGUCACUCUGUAUCUAACCCCGUGCUGUCCCUGUCCCUGGGAGUGUUUGAUGGGAGGACAGUUUGGAAGGAGCGCUGCUCUGUAUCUAACCCCGUGCUGUCCCUGUCCUGGGUCAAUGUCACUUAACAAUAACAAACUUCAUCAAAACACAAUAGCUGAAUUAGGCCAGCCCUCCCAGAAGAGCACCUCCUCCUGGCAUAGUGAGAAAGUGCACUGCUUGUUGCACCAAAUGGGCAUUAUGUAGGAACUGACUCAGCCUUAUUGAUUCCAUCUCCCACCACCUGUCCACUGCCACUCACAGUGCACUACCGCCUCCUACAGUUGCUAGCUUUGUGUGCAUGUUCAAAAUGGGUCAAACACACCCUCUCCAUCUUUGACUGGCCUGCCAAACACCUGAUUCCUCAGUUAGGCCACCUGGAAUGGCUGUCUGGAACUGUAGAGGGCAGAAGGACUGGGAAAAGAGCAGAAAGACACUCCAGAACAAAGCAGCGUUGUUCCUCACCUGCAGUGCAAGUGAUCCCGAAGCUGAUAGCUCCUGGGCUCCCAAGACAGCACCUUCCAAACCCAAGACCACUUCCAUCUAGAAGGACAAGGGCAGCAGACAUAUGGGAAGACCACGUCCCCACUCCAAGUUCCUGGGCCAUGCUCAGUAGGUAGGGAAUGGGAACUCUUGAACCAAUAGCCCCCAACAACAGCUCGACACCAUCCAGGACAAACAGAUUGGCACCAUGUCCACAAGCAUCCACUCCUUCCGCCACCAAUGCUCAGUAGCAGCAGUGUGUACCAUCUACAAGACAUACCAAGGAUCCUAGGACAACACCUUCCAAACUCAUGACCAUUUCCAUCUAGAAGGACAAGGGCAGCAAAUACAUGGAAAGACCACCCCCCCCCCCCCCACCCCAAGUUCCCCUUCCAGAUCACGCAUUGUCGGCUGGGUCCAAAUCCUGAAGCUCCCUCCCCUAUGUCACUGAGGGGUGUCCCGAUGCCACCCAAACCAAGGUGGGCAGCUCAGCACCACCUUCUCAAGGGGCAAUUAGGGACAGGCAAUGCUCACAUUGCGUGAAGGCAUCAGAGCAAGACUAGAGACAGUGAUUCCUCAAAGUGCAGUCUCUUGUGGAUUUGGCCAAAUCCUCAAUCUAUCUACUGCCUUAUUUUUGUUUUGACAUUUUUCACUCACAGGUUGAGGGUCUCUCUUGUCUGUUGCCCAUCCCUAAUUGCCCAUAGUGCAGAUAAGAGUCAACCAACCAUGCUGCUGGAGGAGUCACACAUCAGCCAGACCAGAGUCGUUUAGCGUGUCAAACUGAUCCUUACUUCAAAAUCCUCGUAGUUUUUGCUCUGCCCUCAUUUUUCUGUCCACUUGGGGUGGAGCCGGGGGGACCGAACUUAAGAUGCAGGAGCCAGAAACUCGUCCUUUGGACCAUCGGUAAAGGCUGAUUUCUUUAAGCAGAGAGUCUGGGGGCCACAUUAGUUUGGCUGCUCCCGUGGCGCUGAGAUUUUGCAUAGUAGCAGAACACAGACGGCAUCUCUGUGCUGCUCAAUCAAACCACGUAUUUUGUAUUCCGAGAUGGUGGGGGGGGGGCUAAGGGUUAAAACUCUUCUGGGGAACAGAACCCUCCUGCUUGGUGCUCCGGAACCUUUUUCAGAUGACUCCUCUUUUCUACAACCAGCUGCAGGUUUGAAAAGAAAACAAGAAGUUAAUCUCCACGCACUCGACAAGUGGAACCCAUGACACUGCGUGAGACGCUAGAGAUUAGAGAGAGAUUGAAAGCAAUGGAUUAUUGGUCUCAGAGCUAGAUCUGUCUUGGGAUGCGAGUGGUUGGGAAAAUAAAGAAAUCCUCAUUCCCGCUUUGAGUCCAAAACCAGUGAAGGAUUCUUUUAAAUGAUAUCAGUUUAAUUUCCUGAAUGCCUUCGCCCCCUGUUGGCGCUCGGAACAUCCGCUUCACUAUCUA